CGAGUCUUCAGUGCGACCUCUGCUCGUCAAUCAUCAUUCUUGCCGUCGCACAUACGAUAUACUAGAACGGCCGCGAGCUAAGACACUGUUUAACUAUUAUUUGCGGCUCAAUUGACUGCUUCUUUUCAUAUAAUUGCUCGCUAUUGCAGUCAAUCUCAGUUGCGACGACAUACUACCUCGGCGGAAGUGCUCCGGUCGCCAGACUGGAUGCCAUAACCCGUCGUGAUGGAUAGUGCAACAUGUAAUGUGAUCUACGUUGAUCGUAACGUGUUCGAAGACCGAUCACUUGGGUCUGAGAGCACGGAGCUUCCGGAGUCUGGCGAGCUUCGAGAUAAUUUGGGGCUCUUGCUAGACGCUUUUGGCGAUGUCCACGUGUGCACGAGCGGUGCUGCAUGCAUUGCUAAAUUAUUUCACCUUCAUGAUACCUCCAUGGUAGGGCUCAAACCGACUCUUGUAUUAAUCGACACACCGCACGAUGAACAAGUAUUAAACUCGCUAUCACCCGAACGGGAUCACUCACCUUGCUCCGAUGUUUCGCGGAACGACCAGAAAGACGGUUAUUUAGAGGGAGAACUCUAUGGAUUGAAAUUACUCGAACGAAUUGUCUACGAAACUCACUUAAGGAGCCUUUCGAGAUUAGUUGUACCUAUUCCCAUCAUCAGUUUCCCCUUGCUGCGUAGCCCGCCCGCGAACGAUGGCGCGAACGACGACCCAAUUCAAGCCGAUUAUGCCAAUUACCUCUCACAAAUGCCGGAUACGACCAGCAAAUCUUUAACCAAUCGUGCCCUGCUAAGGAAAUGCUUGGAUUCUGGUGCUGUGGAUGUAAUGGCUAGUCCAUUACAUAUCAAAACCCUAACAACGCUCGAAGUCCAUGCGUAUCGGGCCCACAAAGAGGCUGCUAGGGAACAGCAAGCAGCGCUAGAGGUUCGAAGAGGCCGUAAGCGAUCAUGGGUGGGCGUGCAUGAGGAUAAGCCAUACUCAUACCUUAGAGAGGCCAUGGUAUCUGGGUUGAUGAAGGGGAUCUGCCAAUCUGGUGCCGAAACUGAAGACCGUAUCGGGAGUGUAAAAAUCAACGUCCCGUCUGAGAUACGAGCGGAAAUUGCAGAUGCCGUAGGCAAGUGGCACUUCUGUGCCCACGAUUUUCAUGACGAUUCUCUCCUUAUCGCAGCCGUCCUCAUGUUUAAGCACGCUUUAACCAUGCCGGAACUAGAACAUUGGCGAAUAUCAACUGAUCAGCUCACAACCUUUCUUGUUGCAACACGGGCAGCUUAUAAUACCUUCGUACCUUAUCAUAAUUUUCGUCAUGCUGUCGAUGUCCUCCAGGCAACUUUUAAUUUUCUCGUUCAAAUAGGCGCCUUGCCACCAUAUCCUUACACACCCGGGUCUUCCGCGACGUCUACGGAGAAAUCUCCACUCGCAACUCUACUUAAGCCUUUCGAAGCAUUAACCCUCCUCAUAGGGGCGAUAGGUCAUGAUGUUGGCCAUCCCGGCGUGAAUAAUGGAUUCCUGGUUGUACUUAACGCGCCAUUAGCGCAACUAUAUAACGACCGAUCUGUACUUGAAUCCUUCCACUGUGCCGCCUAUUCACAAAUACUUCGAAGGCAUUGGCCUAAGGUCUUCGAGGAUAAAAAGAUGCGUACUCUUAUGAUUAGUUCGAUUCUAGCGACAGAUAUGGGCCUUCACUUCGAUUAUAUGAAGAAACUCGGCGACCUUCAAGAGAAGUUGAACGAUAAAGAUGGCUCAGUUGACGGCUGGAAUGGGCGUAUGAUUGAAGAGCAAACUGCAUUUCUGUGCUCUUUACUAAUCAAAUGUGCUGAUAUCAGUAAUGUUGCACGAAAAUACGAAGCGGCUCUUCAAUGGAUGUAUAUCCUUUGUGAUGAAUUUUCGAGGCAGGCUACAAUGGAGAAUGACAUCGGCAUUCAAUCUUCUCUUAUCGCUCCGCCAAAGAAGGACUUUCUGUCACUAGCUCGGGCUCAGUUGGGAUUCAUGAAUAUGUUCGCCAUCCCUUUAUUUCAAGGAGUUGCCGACAUUCUUCCCGGGAUGCGGUAUACCGUCGCCGAGCUCGAGAUCAAUAAGGCGCUUUUCGAAAGAACUUUGGAUGCAAUUCCAGAGAUGGAGGAAGACCGAAGGAAACGGUUGACGGAAGGCGUACUCUCACCUCGUUCCCUAAGCUUAGCUAUUCAACCAGACGAUGUUGGAAACUUCCCGGUAGACCCGACAAAAUGUGAUUUGGCCCCGAAUCAUGCGCAAUUAAAGCAAUCCGGUUCAUCGCCGCCCGAUCAGCCAUAUCACAUCCCCAGCAUUCCGGGAGAAUAUAAAGAGAUAAAUGGAAUAUCUAUGGGCUUCGAUAGUGUCUCGGAAUUCGCGGCGAGUGAUCCAUUCAACAUGAAUGAAACGGAGAACCGAGUGGUUGGUCAUAAUGGGAAACAGCGUUGUAGCGAAACAACGGAUGGAAGCAAUUCAGUACCGCCAGGAGAUUGGCAGUCACAGGCCACUAGUGCUACUACAGGCAAGAUGCCUCUAUCGCCGAGUACUCAAGGUACUAGCAUCGUCAGCCAAGAAUCUCUCGAACGCCCAUGUAGUGUUCCCGUGGCGAUAGUCACGGGGCCCGAGUCCGUCACGAAUUGCCGCGUGCCAGCACCAAUGACGAGCUUUGAUUCGGGUCAUUCCGAAGAGGAUUCCAACGGGACUACCCUUAAACCGGAUAUCCCACUUAAGAAGAAGCCUAGCCGGUUUAGAAUGAACGUCUCAACCUUCUUCCGAAGGAACAAGGGCGCCAGUUCGCCAUCAUCCGGCGGCUCCUAAAUCAUUCAAUAAAACAAGUCAACAAUCAAGACGAUACGAGGCAUGGUACAACAUGACUAUACAAGUCAAACGAUUUAGAAGCACCAGCACGCGCUUAUGACUUUACGCAUAUAGUCAACCAAAAGCUUGCACAUGCUAGAGCCGAAAUUGCAACCAUCAAACACGUUGCUCGAGGCGCUCAUACACAAACGUUAGUACCCGUUCGUCACACGUAUAUACUGUAUACUAGUGAGGCAUGAGAAGGAAGUGAUGUUUAAAGUUCUGAUGGAUUACCAAAAGUUUCAAAGGAGUGGCUGGAGAAUGGGAUAACCUAAUAGGGAAGGAAACCAAGAAGGCCGCGGAAUCAUAUCACCAAAGAUGCAUGCAUGGCGUUUGGGAAAACGGUCUGGUGUGGGAUUAGGGCAUGCAGCCUCCAAACAGGGGAGAAAGCGUGCGCGUAGGAUAGGUCAAACGGCGGAGUUUA